AUGGAGAGACACAUGCGCCUCGCAGAAGCCAGCUGGGCGAAGACAGUGAAGCAGCGCCAUGAGAUGAUCAAGGCCGACUAUGGCGAUAUCAAGGAGAUGCCACUAUUCCCUGCCGUCGACGGAGGUGAAUACCACAAGCACCCGUACACAAUUUGGGACUUCACGCCGGCAUCAUACGGCUGUCCGCAUGAGAUGGAGCGCGUCGGCCGCAUGGGCGAUGGUGGCAAGUGGGUGUGCGGCAUGAGUCGGUACGAGGAGGUGGCGCGCAAGCAGCCGUGCGUGAUAUACUCGUUUGGCGUGCGAGACGAGUCGUCGUUCGAAAAUGAGAUGCUCUCAAGAACACAGUGCGAUGUCUUUGCGUACGAUUUCUCGGUGGUCGACUUUGGCGAACAGCUAGAGCCCGAGAACAGGCACCGGGCACACUUCAUGCAAGCUGGGAUUGGUAAAACGGACACCGCGGCAGAUCCGCCCUUCUACAGCAUUGUUGAUCUUAUGAAGAUGAACGGACAUCAGUACAUCGACAUCUUGAAGAUGGAUAUUGAGUUCGCCGAGUUCGAGUCCAUGGAAGGUCUUGAUGAAGCGUUCCCAGCAGCUGAAGGAUAUGAGCUCCCAAUUGGGCAGCUCAUGAUUGAAAUCCACUUCUUCAAUGGCAUGACCGCGGAAGGCUACCUGGCUUGGUGGGAGAAGCUCGAGGCACGAGGUUUGCGACCGACCUGGACAGAGCCCAACUUACUCGCCGUAACAAUGAAUCUAGCUGGAGACAAAGCACCUCUGCUCGCUGAAUAUACGCUUAUUAAUGUAAAGGACAAGCGAAAUGUCCUUUAUAUCGGCCCUUGA